CCGAGAGCAGACCCCAUUUGCACCCAACCCCAGUGGGCUUCCUCUCCAUCCUAUUUGGCAUUCGUCUGUUGUGGGGGUAUCAUCAGUGACUCCCCAGUGGCGUUCGUGUGUUUAUUUCUCAGUACGCUGAAGCCUUUAUCGUCGUUCCUGCCGCACUUUCCCCAUUUCUUUGAGGUUCGGUCGUUGGACGGUGGACUCUGCGGGGAUCGCGGCGGGACGGGAUCCCCAAUCUCCUGCUGAGCUUCCGCGCAGAGGGCAGGCCGCAGGCAUGGCUGGAAGGCAUACCAUCAUUCUCAUGCAACCAUCGCAGAACAGAUCGACGAGGACAUUUAUGGACUACGAUUCAGUUAACCAUGCGCUGGAUGGAAUCUGUGGUCUUUAUGAAAGGAAAAUCAGGAAUAUCAACCCGAUGGUCGGGAAUUUGACUUAUGAUAUCAGUGACCUGUACAACUUCAUCGAUGGCCUGACUGACAUAAGUGCACUGGUGUACGAAGAUUCACUUCACGCUUUCCUGCCAUAUGACCGUCAGUGGAUAAAACAGAAGCUCUUUCAGCACCUGAAGCGGCUGGCGCAACAGUAGAGCAUCAUCACCGUUGGUUUUGGGCAACCAAGGCGCCUGGUUACCGUCUCAGGCUUGGUUUGAAACGUCCCUGGUGUGUGUACAAGACCUCUGUCCCGUGUGUUGAUGUAAAACAUGUGGUGAUGUUGCGGCUUCUGAAGAUGAAUGGUUGAACAAAUGAACAGUGCAGCUUUCAUGUUUGUCAUCUCUCUAUUAUUUUUUCGGAUUUCUGACGAA